AUGAGUAGUUCAGAGAUAGUAUAUCCUAUAACACCAUUACCAACUUCAAGCUCAAGUAAAACACUCACGUUAAUCAAUGACCAAGAUCAAGAGGAUUUACAACAUGACAUAUAUCAAAAAUAUAAUAAUAAUCCGGUAUUAAUAACGUAUCAUCCUCAAAUCCAAUAUGUACCACCUUUGAAUUUCUCUCUUGUUGAAGAUAGAAUAUAUCGAAGUGGAUUCCCCAUGCCGAUAAAUUAUCCAUUUUUAGAACAAUUAGGAUUGAAAACUAUUAUAUACUUGGGAGAUUUAGAUAUUUAUGCUAAUUAUUUACAAUGGAUAUCCACUACUGAUAUUCAAUUUCAUAAUUUAUUAAUUGAAUCAUCUCAAGAACCAUUUAAUAAACCAGAAGAACAUAGACAAGCUCAAGAAUCAUUGACGAAAGCGUUACAACUCCUCUUAAAUAAGAAUUGUUUCCCUAUAUUGAUUCAUUCCAAUAAGGGGAAACAUCGGACAGGAUUAUUAGUUGGAUUAAUGAGAAAAUUAUUACAAGGUUGGUGUAUGAGUGGGAUAUUUGAAGAAUAUGAAAAAUUCGCUAUGGGGAAAUCUGAUUUUGAUUUGGAAUUUAUUGAAUUAUGGCAACCUGAAUUAUGGAUUAAUGAUGAUUUAAAACCUGAUUUCGUAAGAAUAUGA